AUGAUAUAUCUUCUCGACUACGGAGCUGGCAAUGUACGCUCUUUAGCUAACUCCAUCAACCGACUAGGAUUCCAGUUCAAAUGGGUCAACUCGCCUGAUGAUAUCAAAUCUGCAACAAAAUUGAUUUUCCCCGGCGUUGGAGCUUUUGGACCAGCCAUGGAAGCCCUUCGAGCCAAAGGAUACGCUGAACCGUUGAUCGAAUACAUCCGAUCGGGAAAGCCGUACAUGGGCAUUUGUAUUGGCAUGCAGGCCCUGUUCUUGUCAUCAGAAGAAAGCCCUCAAGUCCCUGGACUAGGAAUCGUCCCAUCGCAUGUUCAGAAGUUCUCAUCGACCAACAAAGCAGUUCCUCACAUGGGCUGGAACAAUUCUUUAAAAAUCACAUCUCCCAGUGGAUCUUCAAGCGGAAGCUCCGACUCAGAUUCCGCAUUCUACUUCGUUCACUCAUAUCGUGCCUCGAACGUUGAGGCCAUGGAUGGAUGGACAGAAACACUCACCCGUUACGAAGAUGAAGUAUUUGUCAGCAGCAUCAGACGCGGCAAUGUUUUUGCUACCCAAUUUCAUCCCGAAAAAUCCGGGCCAGAGGGUCUCCGACUUCUGCAAGGAUGGCUGUCGGAACCUGACCUGAUUACUCCUUAUUCUGAUGUCCCGCUCACCAUCCCAGCCCCAAUGGAUCCACAAAUUUUGAUGACUCGAUCUGGACUGACCAAGCGAAUCAUUGCGUGUUUGGACGUCCGAAGUAACGACAACGGGGACUUGGUGGUCACGAAGGGAGAUCAGUAUGAUGUUAGGGAGGCUAACGGCUCCGAGCUAGGCGACGUGAGCAGCAAGGGCGAAGUCCGGAAUCUCGGCAAACCGGUUGAGCUCGCUCGUCGGUACUACGACGAAGGGGCCGACGAAAUCACUUUUCUCAACAUCACCUCGUUUCGAUCUUGUCCUCUUAACGAUCAGCCCAUGCUCACGGUACUCGAGAAGGCCGCCGAGACGGUCUUCGUACCCUUCUGUGUCGGAGGUGGAAUCAGAGAUACGGUCGAGCCUGACGGAACCUCGCGCUCUGCCCUCGAAGUUGCUACUGCCUAUUUUCGAGCUGGAGCCGACAAAGUCAGCAUUGGUGGCGAUGCAGUGCUCGCUGUUGAAUCUUAUCUGACAAGCAAACAACUCCCCAAGAGUAGCAUAUCCGAAAUUGCCAGGGUAUAUGGGAGACAAGCUGUGGUGGUCUCCAUCGAUCCAAAACGGGUUUAUGUCUCAAGUAUCCAGGAUGCACCGGCAGAGCAUCAACCUUGUGUGGUAGAUCUUUCUUCUUCAGCUUUGGGAGCGGGGUCUGACUCGCAAAACUUAAAGGCUGAUCUGGGGCCAAACGGGGAACGAUUUUGCUGGUACCAAUGUACCAUCAAGGGGGGAAGAGAAAGUCGACCAGUAGAUGUUGUUCAGUUGGCCACUGGAGUCGAAGCUCUUGGGGCGGGUGAGAUCCUUUUGAACUCGGUCGACAAGGACGGCUCGAAGUCUGGCUUCGAUUUGCGUCUGGUCGAGCUCGUCAGAAGACACGUCUCGAUUCCCGUGAUCGCUAGCUCUGGCGCCGGCUCUGCCCAAGACUUCGAAGACUUGUUCCUGCAGACAAACGUCGAGGCCGGCCUGGCUGCCGGAAUCUUCCACCGCAACGAAGUCCCCCUGCCGACCGUCAAAUCUCAUCUCAAAAGACUAACCCAAAUCCCGAUCCGAAAUUCAGGACAUUGA